AUGAGCAAAUUAUUGGCAGUGGUUAUUGGUACUGCUGUUCUGGUUUCUGCAGCUGGAGGUUGGAAGAAGCUUUUCAGCUCUCGAAAUGUACAAAGUGCUGCACGACAUAUCAGAGAAACAAAAGAAGUGUUCAUGAAUGAAUUGAAAGCUCCUACACAGGGACAAAAUCCAACGGAGAAGCCACCUUCUUCAUAUAACUUUACAAAUCCAUCGGAACCACUUGCUACUCACUAUGAUCCGUCAUCAUCAAAUAACACACAACAAGCAUCAUCACAACCAAAUAAUACAUCAUCACCUCCCACUAGCAACACAGAAAAGAAGGAAUAA